AAUAUGAUAAUUUUGUUGAUAUGUCAGAUGCUGGAGUUAAUGUAGUUUUUCCCUUUUUAGCGUGACAUUUCGAGUGUCUUCUCUCAUCAUUUUGGCUGUCCUUUCAUUACAUUUCCGAAGUGGUUCUGCAUGAUUGGCUAAUGGACAAUACAAGAGACUUGGCGGAUCGUCCGUCUCGGAAGCGCCGUGACUCCUUCGGGAUGUUCGACGGCCUGGACGACGAGAGGAGCAGCAGCUGCAGCGAGGAGUCGAGCGGCGGCAGCGCCUCCAGCCCUGAGGAGAGCGAGGAGGAGGACGGCCCGGGGUUAGGAGCAGGAGGGGGAGGGGGUAUAGGCGGAGGAGGAGGAGGAGGUGGAGGCGGAGGCAUCCUCCCUCUGACCUCCCCAGGCUCCUCCUCUCUGACCCUCAUCAAGACCAAUGGGCAGCUGUACACCUACCCGGAUGGGAAGGCCGGCAUGGCUACAUGUGAGAUGUGUGGCAUGGUGGGUGUUCGAGAUGCAUUUUACAGUAAAACCAAGAGGUUCUGCAGUGUCUCCUGCUCCAGAAGUUACUCUUCCAACUCUAAGAAGGCCAGCAUCCUAGCCAGACUACAGGGAAAGCCACCCACGAAGAAGGCCAAGGUUCUCCAGAAACAGCCGCUGAUGGCCAAGCUAGCGGUCUAUGCCCAGUACCAAGCCAACCAACAGAACAGUGUGAAAAAGGCUGUUGUGUCUGUGGAGUCAUUCGACUGGGGCCGUUACCUAGGAGACGGCGAUGUGGCUGGAGCUCCUGUCAGCUGCUUUAAACAUGUUCCCAUGGGAACGUCUUGGGGGGACAUCAGUGAGGGUGUCAGGGUGGAGGUGCCUAAUACGGACAGUGGACUGCCCAUGAGGGUCUACUGGAUCGCUGGCAUCAUCAAACUGUCGGGGUUCAAGGCCUUGCUGCGGUACGAGGGCUUCGACAGCGACUCCGCCCGUGACUUCUGGUGUAACCUGUGCGUGCCCGACAUCCACCCAGUGGGGUGGUGUGCUGCCGGGGGCAAACCUCUCGUACCCCCAAAAUCUAUCCUUCACAGAUGCACCAACUGGAAGAGUUUCCUUGUCAAGAGACUCACAGGCUCCAAGACACUUCCCCCUGACUUCACUACUAAGGUACAGGAGAGUCUGCAGUUUCCCUUCAAGAAGCUGAUGAGGGUGGAGGUGGUGGACAAGGGCCACCUGUGCAGGACACGGGUAGCCCUGGUGGAACAGGUGAUUGGGGGGCGCCUGCGGCUGGUGUACGAGGAGUGUGCGGACGGUACGGACGACUUCUGGUGUCACAUGUACAGCCCGCUGAUCCACAGCAUCGGCUGGUCCCGCUCCAUCGGCCACCGCUUCAAGCGCUCCGAUGUUGCAAAGAAGCUGGAGGGCCAGUUGGACGCCCCUGGACAGCUGUUCACCAAGGUGAACGAGGUGGACCAGAGUGGAGAGUGGUUCAAAGAUGGCAUGAAGCUGGAGGCCAUCGACCCCCUGAACUUGUCUGCCAUCUGCGUGGCCACGGUCAGGAAGGUUCUGGCUGAUGGCUACCUGAUGAUCGGGAUCGACGGCUCGGAGGCAGCGGACGGGUCCGAUUGGUUCUGCUACCACUGCACCUCUCCCUCCAUCUUCCCCGCCGGCUUCUGUGAGAUCAACAGCAUCCAACUCACCCCUCCCAGAGGUUAUAGCAACCUUCCCCUCAGAUGGUUUGAGUACCUAAAGGAGUCCAGCUCGGUUGCUGCCCCCGUCAACCUUUUCAACAAGGAGGUGCCAAACCACGGCUUCCGCCCCGGCAUGAAGCUGGAGGCGGUGGACCUCAUGGAGCCCCGGCUCAUCUGCGUCGCCACGGUGACCCGCAUCGUCCACCGGCUGCUGCGGAUCCACUUUGACGGCUGGGAGGACGAGUACGACCAGUGGGUGGACUGCCAGUCCCCGGACCUCUACCCCGUGGGAUGGUGUCAGCUCACGGGCUACCAGCUCCAGCCCCCAGCCGUCAAUACGGCCACUAAGGACCUGCCUGUGUGUGUGUGUGCGCGUGUCUCUGUGUGUGUUCCAGCCACUAAGGACCUGCCUUCAGGGGUGUCCAAACAGAGGAAGAAAUCUCAGCAGUACAAGGGCCAGAAGAAAAAGAGGAAGCUUCCAAUAGGAAAGCGGCCUAUCAGUCUCUCUGGCGUCAUGGUAACCGGCAUGCCAGAUGAAAACAUGACCCCGCCAGAUUACCCAUCACCCCCGACUCCCGCCUUAGCCGCCCCGCCCACACCAAGGGAGCCUGAGAACAGCGCUAAGGCCGAGGCGGAUACAGAGAUAAAGCAGGAGUGCCUGGAGCCGGCGUCACUGUCCGAAGCGCUCGCUGCUGAUUAAGACAAACCCCAGCGGUCCUCACAAACUGUUUCUACAUCAAACUCGAGCCGCAGCACACAGCUGUUCGUCCUCCUCCUCAGAUUACUCCCUACCUUUCCCUCUUUGAUUCUCUUCCCUUCCGUCCUCCCUCCUCUCCUCCCUCCUCUCACCCGCCCACCAACUAUCAGCCUGAAUUGAGAUUUCAAGAUUGACUGUGAUUUUGUUUUGGGAUUUAUUUUCUUUCUUCUCUGCUUUUAGUUUUGAUGACGCCAACUAAGAGGAGUUACACACUUAUAGCGUGAGAGUCUAUCCAUCGGAAGCAGGGCAGUUUUUCUUUCAACGAUUGUCCUUCAAUUACAUUUUUUCCAAUUCCCAAUGGAUUUCCAAUGGUUGAGGAUAAGCUUGUGUGUGGGGGGGGGGGGGGGGGGCUUAAUAGACCACUACCUCCCUCUAUUUCUCACUAGUCUUCUCAAAAAGACCUCAAUUUAUGGGUCUGGUCUCGAUCCACCCUUGACCCGACAUCUCCGAACCUGAAGGGAGAAGAUCCCAGAACCCGCAACCCCCCCUUCCCUGCCUCCACCUUCUGCUGGUAAGUCUGAACGUUUUCAUGGACUCUUUGAAAUAGAGGAAAGCGAUCAUGACUGUUAUGGGAACGGACAGCAUUUGAGGGGAAUCCCGCCCUUAUGAACACUCAAAGAGCACUACAAUCCAUGCUUCUACACACACACACACACACACACACACACACACACACACACACACACACACACACACACGGAUAUACGGGGUGACAAUGCCAGCGAAACGUGACUCACUAGCACCUUGCACAUCGCAAGCAGCUCAGUGGGCUUGAGGUGGGCUCUUGCUCAAGAGUACCUCAGUUCAACUUUUGCCAGUAGAAGCCAAGGGGAUUGAACCAGCAACCCUGCAGAAGCCAGAUGCCCUGCUCUACCUCCCUUGCUACUGCUCAAGAUGAUCCUUUAAAAAAACAAAUAAGCUCUUGGUGAGGUUUGCCGCAAACAACAUUUCUAUGUCUGCCAGCAUUCUGCCUAUAUUGACUUUGCUUCUUCGAUUGUCACUAGCUUCCUGAAAUGAAAUGAAAAUGUCUUGAUAAAAUCUGUCUGGCCCAUUUAGAUAAGUGACCCUUUGUGGGAUUGUAGGUCACUUUUCCAAAGUAUAAUACUGAGGGUAACCAGCAAGUGAGUGAAGAUGAAAGCAAGUCAACAAUGAAACAAAAAAAACGUACUAAUAUUAAUAACACAAAUAUUAAUAAUAGUAAAAAUAGGUCAAAAGGUGCAUUGGGGAGCUAUGGCGGUCUUUGAUUGCAGAGGAAAAACAUAGGGAUGGACGUAGUGUUAAAUUGCAACCAUUUCUUUGUCAUAUUUUUUGAUGACAUUUGGUUUGUCGUGGUGUGGCUAUGUUUGUAGGAGGUUGAAUGAGCUGUUCAAAAUGGCGCAGACCGCUGUCAUUAAGAUGAGCAAACAUUGCGUGGUGUGGGUGUGUGUUUGACUGGGACACCGUCAGAUAAAUGGACUAAAGAGAAUUUACAAUUCUAUUUGGACACCAGAGCAGUAUGUUGGUUUUUAUAAAUGUGACCCAAGGCGAUGCUAUUGUGCUUCCUGAACUGAAGACGUGAAGCAGCAUAUGUGUUGUUGUGUAAAGUUAUUAAUGGUAAAAUUAUUUCUUUCUUCUAAAUAACAUAUUAUUAUUGGACUAUGAGACGCAUAGGUUACUAUAUAUAUAUAUAUAUAUAUAUAUAUAUAUAUAUAUAUAUAUAUAUAUAUAUAUAUAUAUACUUUUGGCUUAUUAUUUUGUUUUUAUCCUGAUUUGAUAGGAAUUUAACAACAGUCGAGUGUUGUUAAAGGUCAUACAUCUGGGUGGACACAGACUUGAUAGAUUCUGAAAUGGCCUAUAGGGAUUUAUCAACCUCACAACUGGUGGUGAAAUUGGGACCCUCUGAAAUUGGGAACACUGAGUUCUCAAAAAAAAUGUAUUUUUGACCGAGUUUGAGGAAGGAGGAGGGACAGGUUAUCCCCAUGGUAACGGCUCACAGAAACUUUGUGUGAGCGUUAUAAUGAGCGAUUGUUGUAAAUAGAAUGGUAUUAUACUAUAAGUGCAGCAGAGUAGAACAUUCACAACCUGGUUGGUGGAGACUGGCUAACAGUUUUUUCGAGAUGAUCAUAUUAUUUUAGUAGUGAUGACAAAAUGGCAAAGAUUAUUUUGUUCAAGAUAAUAGAAGACAUUUUAAAACAGAGGAAUUGAAAGGUGAAAUAAUGCAUCACAAGUCGCAGCCAGAUUUUGUACUGAUCAAUAACAAAUUCUAUAUUCUCCCAUCAGUACCUCACUAAAAUAACAAAUAAUAGUAAUAUAAAAUAACAAUAGCAAACUAUGAUAAUAUGAUAGUACAGUACAAAAGUACAAUACAUUUGUUUUUAUAUAUGCAAUCUAAAUAUGGAUAUAAAAAUAAAAUAUAAGCUAAACUGAAGUUUACAGAAAUGUAUUAAGUCAUUACUUGCAUAGUAUGCAAUUAGAUGGAUACAUUUUCUAAAGACUACUUCAGCGGUUGAUUCUGUUUUCUUGGUGACAGUAUGGCACUUGAUGACGGUAUGGUCAAACCAGGCUUACUUUGUUAUGCAGGGGCUCUGAUUUGGUGUCCUAGCUAUUGGAAUCAGUAUCGAGGUGUUUCUCCAAUCAGCUGUCGGUUGGAGGAAUCCUACCCACUACAAGUCUCUGCCCACUACUAACAAUGUUUGCCAUUACGGAUAUUUUCCUUCUUGACCCAUUGGUAAUGGUAUGGUAAUCCAAGUUCAUAUAUGGGUCAGGCAAUUUCUGGUAAGAAGUUCUUUCUUCCAGAAAGAAUUGGUUGCUCAAUGCAAUUGAGUCAUACAAAUAGUGAGCAAAUGUUUUGACCUGUGUAACUAUAUGAGCAGGAUUUGUCAUCUUCUAUUUUUAACAACAAGACAAAGUUGAUGCCCGUAGUGUAUUGUGUGUUUUUGGCAGUUGCCAAGUCCAUAGUAGUGGUUCACUGACUCAGUGUUUAGAUGAGAGUGGGAUCUGCUGGCGGUGCAUUUCAGUCUGGACAACAUUAAUGAAAAGGAAUCCAAUACGUUGAGGUGUCAGUGCCCGUUGCUUCUUUCUUUCUGAUAGAUUUGAUCUGCGGAAAAGUAGAGCAACACAGGGGUGCUUGAUUUCAAGAUCUCCCUCAAACAAUAUAACAAUGUUGACAAGAGGAAGUCAAUUUUUUUAUGUUAUUUUGAGCAGAAAAUAUAGUAUGUAUGAUUUGAUCCUAGUUUGUUGUUGGUUUGUUGUGUGUUGUAGCACCGUCCAAAAGAAAAAAGAAAUGUCUUAUAGUUGCUAUUGUCGACACCUUUUCUUUGUAUCUAGUGUUAAUUGUGUUUCAAACUUUUUAUUUUUUUGUAUGAUUGUGUGAUUUCUCCGUUUUCACGUCAUGUCCAUUUAGUGUUUAUAUAAAGAAAAAAAAGUUUGGAUAGUGAGUUUAUGAUAAUCAUGGUGUGGCACGUACUUUUAAUAGCAUGCCAUACUACACAGGAUAAAACAUCCUCUUUAAUCUUGGUGUGUGUGUGUGUGUGUGUGUGUGUGUGUGUGUGUGUGUGUGUGUGUGUGUGUGUGUGUGUGUGUGUGUGUGUGUGUGUGUGUGUGUGUGUGUGUGUGUGUGUGUGUGUGUGUGUGCAAGCUACAGACUGAUGUCUCCAUGCAAGCUAAAGAGAGACUGAAAUUGCUUGUGCAGCUUGUGAACAUCACUUUAUGACAAGACUGUUAUGACAGGAAAGCACUGUUAAAUUGUGGCUCAUCUCUCUUACCCUCGUCUUCCGGACUUGGCCGAAGGGGUCCACUGUAGGAUCCGUCUUUUAUUUUUGUUUGCUAGAAACUCAAGCAUAACAAUCCAGUAUUUCUUAGGAAAAUAAACUCAUGGCAAUUGAUCUUGGGGUUGAAGUUACAGAGGUACACGUUGAAACAUCUGGAAAUACGAGGGGGGUAGAUUACAUUCUGAUCACAUUGUUUGAGGACAAAAGACUUGUUAAAGCGUAUAACGUGUGAGAAAAUUGGUGAAAUUGAAACGUAGGUUUUACAUGCAGUGGAAAUUAAAUGUCUCCACUGCCACUCCCCCCAUUAAAGAAGAGCUGCUGUUUUUAUUUGUUGGGGACAAUUUUACACAUGAGGCUGUUGCAAUGAUGCUUUAUAUAAACAUACAUGUCUUCUUAAUUAAAAAUAUGUGGACAAUUAAUGCUUAUUUCUGAGUGGGCCCUCAAGUGGCCAUUGUCCUUUGGCUCACACAAUGUUUUUGAUCAGACUGAGCUCCCGGGAUUUCUAUUCUGACAGGUUUGAUAACGUUUCUGUGCGGCCAAGAUUCACUUUUGUUGACUUUGAGGCAAUACGUUUUUUUUUACACACUACGGAAGUUGAUACUUUUGACAUCCGUUGUAUUUUUCAUCCACCAUCCUCUCCGUGUGUCCCUCUGAACUACUCGUUGCAUCUUUGUCCCUUAAUGUAAAAAAGGAACAUAUUCAACCCACAAAUACUGUUAUGCCAGCGGAAAUAUUACAACCCCCAAAUAAAUGGAAAUUAUACGAGGAUGCACAAAAUAAAUGUCCCAUAGGGCAUACUCUUUCUUUAACUGAAUGGCCCUUCUCUCUGUAGGGGAGAAACAAAAUGUGUUUUGUAAUAUUCUAUAUGCUAAGCUAGCAGCCAAGCUAGCUGCUUGUCAAACUAACACUGCACACUGAUAUCAAUUGGUGUAAGUAUGUUUAAACGUGUGUACGUCUGUGUGUAUUUGCUUGUCAAAUUUUGUACGUGAAAAGUUGAAUUGUCUUUGUAACAUGGUGCUAUCUAUCUCAACAUAUACUUAUAUUUAUAUAUUUGAUAUUUUUUAAAGAAUGGAAUUAUGAGAAAAAAAUGUUGAUCUCUUAAUCUUGUAUUUUGGACACAACUGUUAAAACAAUUUAUACAAAAAAAAUAAAAAGCAGGAGACAUGGCUCAGUGGAAAAAAUAUAUUGUUUAUUAAAAUUCUACAUCUUUCAGCAAUACGUCAUUCAUUUCACUUAGACUAUAAUUAUUUAAAACGCAUCAGAAUGUUCUAUUUCUAGCACAACAUGGUGGCUGUCAAACCAGCCUGCCGACUUUGCAUUGCUGUGUGUCAAUGCUUAUUAAGAGUAAUCUUGUCUUCGUAUUUCAGACGGUUUGGCCACCAGAAUUUAGUCACAACCUUUUGUAGAAUUGAAGUUUGUUUAGCUGCCAAGUGCCUGCUAUUAUCAUUUUAAGUAUUGUACUUUCGGUAGUGUCAGUUUUACAACAGUACAGCCGGCUGCGUUAAAUGUAUGUUACGUUGCAAUGUCUUGUCACCAUUUAUCAUAAGAUGUUAUUAUACAACUGCAAAGCAAAGCUAAUCCAUUUACCCUUGAGUUAGAGUAUGUUUUAUAGAUCUUUUUUUUUUAGCCUGUUAAUGAAUGUACACUGAUAUAAUGAGAUCACCAUGUCGGAACGAGGAACACUUAUAACAUGAUAGCAAAAAAUGGUAUUCCCCUUUCAAUAUCAGAUUAUUGUGUGCAUGUUAUCAGUGGCUAGGAUGACAUAAUGUGUUUCUUUUAUUUCCUGUCUGUGAGCUUAAAAACCUGUUUAAACGGCUGUGUUUCUGAAACCUGUACUGGGAAGUUCAAAGUUGAAAAACAAAUCAAAGUUAAUUUAACCAUUAUGAUUUGUACGUGUUCAGUUUCCUUUUGCAGAGUUGAAGGACGAGUGUAUACAGAAUUAAAAUCUAUCAUUUAAAAUCCAGUCAUCUUCUUAGGAUAGCUUAUAUCUACUAAUAGUGUACACGUAUCUAUACUGAACAAAUUCUGGGAAUGCCAAUUAUCCAAGUCAGAGUAUGUGAUAAUGAGCUGUAGCUCUUCAUUAUGCAUCUCCUGAAUAUUUUUUUGCUUAUCAACAACCCAUGAAGUUUAAUAAAGGCCCCUUAAAGGUGCUGUUGAUUUUAAGAACACAUUUAUAAGUGUAUUUUGUUAUAAAUGGCAAAGCCAUCCAUCAGCUAUUAGUGUAAUGCGCUGUGAGAACAUCUGUAUUAUCCUAUUUUGAUUUUAGACCACUCCCGGCUAAUUUCUGACCAAUCAGGGCAUCUCAUCCUCUCUUUAAAACUCUUAUCUUACCUAAAGCACCUUUACUAUUUCAGUAUUAACAGGUGAGAACACAUUAGGUUGAACUGUUGCUUUGGGUCCCAGUCCAAAGGUUUUCAGAGCACUGUGCCUACACUGUAUUGGUCUAUUCAGUCCGCAAUGUCAGCGCUGUGAAAAUAAAAUGUACUUAUCUUCAAAAAUCAUGAGUAUAUAUAUAUAUAUAUAUAUACUAUAUUUGUUGACGUCACUUUCAUGAAACAUUUUUAAUACAAUGUAACAUUUGGGGCAGCAUGAUUGUGAAUUAAGUGUUCCAUUUUGGUGUUAAAAAAAUGGAACCUUAGGAUUUUCUACAGAAUAAAAAAGGUAUAAAAUUGUUUGCUUUUC